AUGCCCCACGGAGGUGGAAGCAUCACCGUCCUUAUGGAUGUCAUCAAUAAUCUCACCACGAGGGGGGCACUGCGGGAAGCUGCGAAGAGGUGCAGGCAGCUAUGUCGGGUUUGCCCAGGUAAGGAGAAGUUGGAGGCAGCACUGCUAGAAACUGUGGAGAGGUGCCAGCAGCUAUGUCGGGUGUGCCCAGGCAAGGAGAAGUUGGAGGCAGCACUGCUGGAAACUGUGGAGAGGUGUCGGCAGCUAUGUCGGGUGUGCCCAGGCAAGGAGAAGUUAGGGACAGCGCUGCGGGAAGCUGCGAAGAGGUGCCGGCAACUGUAUCAGGUGUCCCAAUGGGAGGGGAAGGAAGCGUACCUUCCGCCCCUUGUGAGAUGCUCUUGA